AUUCUUGUCAUUGGUGUCCUUUGUGUGGUCACAGUUGAGGUAGACUUUCCAAGCCUCCCAGUGGCAGCCAUUAGCGCGUCACCGCCAUUGCACAGUUGUGUUGUCAAAACGGUGGAAGAUUUUGUUUUAUUAUUGUUAUUAAAGAAGAUUGUGACCGUUGUAAUGAUGCGUGACAUUUCCGAUCGUUCGCUUUUGUGAGAGUUGCAAUCUCGGUGAAAGACUGUUAAGGAUAACGGGAGUUGACCUUCAAGGAUAUUGGAUUAUCCUUUGGGUCGCGAUUAAAGUGCUGACUGUUUGUAAACAUCAAAGUGACAACAGACUUUAAUAACUGUGAAGGAAUCAUCGAUUACUCAUUUUAUUUUGUGAUGCACUCAUUCGCGACAAUUCAAGAAGGCAUCGAACAAGAAAUAUCGCGAAUGCUUCCUGCUUUUAAUACUGUCAAUUCGCGACGAAAAGGAUAUUUCAAACAUCCAAGUAAAAUGUUCAAAAACUUUCCGGCCACAAAAGGGGUCUUAAGUGCUUUUAAAUUAAAUUGAAGUGGUCAUUUAGGUUUUUAAAGGAUCCUAAGUGUUUUCUUCACCCUUAUUGAUAAACAAAAAGCAUCUACGUCAAAGAGCUUUUCUUGACCACAUCCUCGAUUUUUGUGGUCCGGUUUAAUCAAUAAGUCUCGUUUGUGUUAAUUUUUAUUUGUUACCAGACAUAAAACGAGAAAAAAAUGAAGUUGUUGGAAAGUACCCGAUUUGAAGAAAUUAACAGAGCACUUGUCAUAGAUUCUGGUGACAGCAAAAUUGUCGGCAGAAUUGAAAGCUACUCCUGUAAAAUGGCUGGUGAUGCAAAACAGCUGUACAAAAGAUUCAACUCUGCUCAGGGAGUUACUCCACAUGACUUGCAAGCUCUUUCACCUCCACAAACAGCAAUGGGGAUUUCACCAAGCCAGUACAGCCGCAGCAUCUCUGGUGAUGAAGAUGGUCCUCUUUGUGAUACAAUAAGUCGCAAAACAUUGUUCUACCUCAUUGCUACUCUCAAUGCUGCGUUUUAUCCCGAUUAUGAUUUUUCAAAUGCCAAAAGUCAUGAAUUCAGCAAAGAGCCUAGCUUGCAGUGGGUGACGAACGCAGUGGAUAGUAACUUGAAUGCCACUGCAGGAGAACAUUAUCCUGCGUUGCAAACUCAGCUUUGGUCUGCCAUUGAUGAAGAAAUUUCCAUGGUAGAUUGUGACAUUUACAGUUACAAUCCAGAUCUGGUUUCUGAUCCUUAUGGUGAAGAUGGAUGCCUCUGGUCAUUCAAUUAUUUCUUCUACAAUAAGAAACUGAAGCGCAUUGUGUUCUUCACCUGCCGUGCUGUAAAUCCAAUUUAUGCCAUGGACUCAGGUUUUGCAAACGACUUUGCUAUGGAAGAUGAUGAUGAGACCUACUAAAAGAUUGGUCUCCAUUGAGAGCUGCCAAAUGUGCCUUUCAUUUGAGAAACUUCAAGUUAGACAAGGACGGCAGCUCCUGUUAAUCUAAAGAAAUGAAAGGAGAAGUUGGUGUUGUUAAAACAAAGAUCUUGCUUUCUCUUUCUUUUGAAAUAUAUACAUUUCUUUUUGUAUUUGUGUAGAGAUUUACUCUGGUAGAGCUGUCACUAAACUGAUACUGAUUUUUCUUCUCUUGAUGUUCUGUCAUCUUGGUCAGUGAAUGUGUAGCAGUCAUUUUAUUGUGUUCUGAAGGAUGUACAAGAGCAAACAGUAGUAUUUAUAGGUUUCAUCUUAAAUUCUGGAAAGCAAUACUCAAUUUAUUUCCAGUACUUAAGAGAAAAUGAUAAAAAUAUAUCACUUUAUAUUUCUGGAGUAUUUGUAUUUUAAAGAUGGUCUGAUGUUUUCAUAAUGCAUAACUUUUAUCUAAAAUGUUAUUAAAACGCUAAUGUUUAAAUUUUAUGUACAGUAGAAUUAGAAUUUUUAACUUGGCUGUUAAAUAUUUUAGAUUAAGUUCUCACCAAUUGUUGGCCUUUGAGCCAUUGAAGGCUGUGAGCCAUGUAGAUCAGCCAGACUUCAUCUCAUUAUAAUUUUUUGAGUGUUAUUUAGUAAAUGACCUUUAAUCACCUUCAUUUGGGCAGCUGUCCAAGUUUUAACGAAGCUACUGUGCAUCCCACCACCCUAGUCUUAGUUAGUCCAAGAGAUGUUUUGUUUGUGUAUUAUUUUUUAUACACUUUAUUUGGAGGUAUGGUAUCUUAACUUGCUUCUAUUUAAGAUGAAGAUUUUUAAUUAUCAACUAGUUUCUAAGGAUGAAGGUACCUAAUGUAGAUCUCAUUUCAUCCAUUUUGUCACUCUUAAUAGCAUAAAAACAAUAUUUACUCUGUAGGAAAUAAAAAUAAAAAUCCAGGAGAUUCUAUGCUUGGAUUAUUAUUAUUGCACUGCUCACACUGUGGCAAACAGACUACAUUUCAUCUGCAAGAUACCACAUACUCAUAAGUAUUACUACAAUUUAAGAAAAUUGUACAUAGCAGUCCUGUGCAAUGUUUUUCCAUUUCUGCACGCUAGAUUUUGUUGUGUAUUUAUAGGUCUUCAUUAAAAGUGAAGUAAAUAUGAAUCAAACUUUGAGUGCUCAGAUGGGACUAUUUAAGUACUACAUUUUAUUCUUGUGUAGAUACUUAUUUUUGUAAUGCAUCUUUGAUUUCCUUUUAUGUAUUGUGCUGCCACCGAAGAGGACCCCUUAUGAAUUUUCUUCACAUACUAAAUAUUGCAGGUUGGCAUUGGAAGCAGUGCAAAUGACUGUCCAUAUUUCCACAGAAAGUACAAAUGAAGUGAUAUAAUAGUUCACUUGAUUUAGCAGCAUUCUAAGCCAUAAAACUGACUUAAAUUGUAUUAUAUGAAGGCACAUUUCUUACAAUGCUAUGUAAAAUAUAAAGUUAUUACUAUCAUGUAUUUUGUUCAUUUCAUAUUUUCAUUGAUGUUAGGAAUAAUGAGUUAGCAAAUUGCUUUGCAGACAUUUUUAUUUACAAACAUGCUCUUUGAUUGCAACAAUUCCACAAAUCCAAAUUGCAGUCUCAAGACUUGCAUGUGUUAAAUGAAGGUGUUCACAUCACCUAGCUGGUAUUCAAUGAGUUAGAAAACUUGCAAUUGUGAUUCAUUUCAAAAUGAGUAUUAGUAAUACUUGUUGGAAGUUCAUGGGCAAUGAUUGAAAAGUCUAUUUUUUGUAAAAAAUGCUUCCUUAAUUUUUGUUUUGAAAUUGCUCACUGCCCUCACCAAUUAUAUUGAGUUGCUGAAGAGAUUCGUAUGAAACAAGAAUGAUUGAAAAACAGCAUUCAAGAAUCUAUUUUUAUGCAAAUGUUUGUGUCAUGUGUACAGACAAUUUGUGAGAUUAUCUUCAGUGAAUCCCUUAUUGAAGGUCUUGGGCAAUAAAAUUAGCAUAAGAAUUUUCAAGUAACUUCCAGCAAUUGCAGCCUAGUUUCUUGUAUUGGUGAUUAUUUCUUCAAGAAGCCACAUAAGAAUUGAAUCACUCGAGCCACAAAGAAAUUCAACUGUUGAAAUCUGCAAUCAUAGUCAUUGACCUCACUGUCCUAGAACUGUCAUUGCUUGAGAUUGACAUCAUUGCAUUCUUCAUAUUCAUCUUGCUUCAGUUACAAAUACACAUUAGGCAGUAAGUGGAGAGUAUUCUGAUUGCAAUAGGUGAUACUAAUCUCAUUCUUAGGUACAGUAAAUACAUGUUAUAUACAUAUGUAAAUAGAAAUAAUAUAUAUUGUUAUUGAGAUGCGUCAAAAAUAUUUCUGCUGGACUUUUAACUUGAUUUUGGACGAAGUGAUCUAUCACUAUUGAAAAAAAUAAUUACUUAAUAACACAAUUUUAAAGUAAUUCUUAAAUUUUAAAGUGUCAAUGAGGGAGAGAAACAUGAUGUAAUGUAUCCCUGAAAAUAAUAAUUUAUUAAAAAUUAAACAUCCAACAAAUCGACAAAGCAUGUUUAAUUGCAAUUUUCACCCAGUUACCCAACACUCAACGGAAAGCUAAUUGUUGAAUUUUAUUUGUCUUAUAUACAUAUUAGUAAAAAACUUGGCUAAUUCUCCAUUCUGCCACCAGGAAACAUAUGCCCAAUUGUAGAAUCAAGUUUCUAUCUAAAAAGUUCCAGUUUUGGCUAAAAAAUGCUUUUUGUGGAAACCUGUUACUUUAAAAUGUGGACUUCUCUUGCCAUGAAUUACUAUACAUAUACUCUGAAUCCACAUUUUAGAAGGUCUUUAAUAACAAGUUUUUACUUUCUCAUACAUGUACUUAUAUACAGAAUAACAUAUAUAGUACAGAGAAAGUUAUGUAGUGCUGCAGAAAAUCGAUUUCAAUAGAAAUACAUGUUUUUGGUCAACUGAUACUGAAAAAG